AUGAACAACCACAGUGAAAAUGUCGAUAUUAAUUGGUAUCAUGGAAAAAUAUCAAGGGACACGGCUGAAAUUAUUCUAUUAGACCACGAGAGUAAAGAAGAUGGUCUAUUUUUAGUACGAGAAAGCAAUUCUGCAUCCGGAGACUAUGUGCUUUGUGUGUUACAAAACAAUGAAGUAGUGCACUAUCAAAUACGGCGUCAUGGUGAAGAUGCAUUUUUCUCUAUUGACGAACAAAAUAUAAUGCACGGGUUAGAAACAUUAAUUGAACAUUACUGUAAAGUAAAUGAUCCAAGCUUAGGAGUGCAACUGACCAAGCCUAUUGUCAAAGAUCCUCCACCUCACGAUACCAGGAGACAUGGACGUACUAAUCUCUUGCACAGAGCCAUUACACAAGCUAAUUGCAAAGUGGUUACCGAGCUGUUAAAAUGUGGGUAUCGGAAUUUAGAAGCAAAAAACCAAGAGGGACAAACUGCAUUGCAUUUAGCUAGUCAGAUGGGCCAUGAUCAAAUUGUAGAGAAACUCAUUUCAUGUGGAGCCAAUGUGAAUUGUAGAGACACAGAAGGCUACACUCCUUUACAUUUCGCUUGUCAGAACAAUUUAUUGAACACUGUGAAAAUCUUAUUGACGAUUGGCGGCGCAAAUAUUCAGUUGAGAAAUUCAUCGACUGGAUGGGUAGCUCUACACGAAGCAUCAAGCCGAGGCCAUGCAGAUAUUGUAGCUUUAUUGUUGUCCAUGAAUGCUCCAUCGAGGCCACGCACUUUUGACGAUCUUCUACCUGUAGACUUAGCACGUACCAAUGGACACACUGAAGUUGAACAAAUGUUGAAUGAGUUUGUUUCUCCUACGCCAACUUCGAGGAAAGAUCAAUGGUAUCAUGGCAAACUUGAUCGUCAUGAAGCCACAGCAAUAUUGAAAACAAAAGAUGUUGACGGUUGUUUUUUAGUCAGAAUGAAUAGGCAGAAUGGCUAUGUCUUAUCUAUGAUGUGUACUAAUCAAUGUUAUCAUUUCCAGAUCCAAGAUCGCGAUAAAUAUUAUUUUAUUGACAAUGGGCCAUAUCUGAAUUCGUUGGAACAUCUAAUACAACAUUAUAUAUUAUUUCCUGAUGGUUUACCGAAUAAACUAGAAGUGCCUGUAAGUCCAGCAGUUAUUCCACCCCUACCAAAAGGAUUUCCAUUUACAUUAAAAAAGCCAAAACCAAAACAUCAAACCGAAUUUCAAGACAAUAUUAUGAGGGACAAUUUGAUUUUAGAUGAAGUGAUUGGUGAAGGCGAAUUUGGUUCAGUUUAUAAAGGAACUUUUCAAAACCGAGAUGGUUUUGAAGAAAAAGUAGCUAUAAAAAUGCUACGAUACGAUAUGUCUUCAACUAAUAAAUCAGAAUUUUUGCGCGAAGCUCAUGUCAUGAUGAGUUUAAAUCACGAAUGUAUUAUAAGAUUAAUUGGCAUAUGUGAAGGGCCACCAUUGUUGAUGGUUCAAGAGCUUAUUGCACUUGGUUCUAUGUUGACUCACAUCAUCACACACCCAGAACUCAUCAGUCCAAAUUAUGAGUUAAAAAUGUGGGCCGCUCAGAUAGCUUCUGGUAUGUGUUACUUAGAACAAAAACGUUUUGUGCACAGGGAUUUGGCAGCCAGAAACAUUCUUUUAGCAGAUAGACACCAAGCCAAAAUUAGCGAUUUUGGUCUAUCGCGUACAUUGAAUGUUGAUAAGGACUAUUAUAGAGCUUCACAUGGUGGACGAUGGCCAAUUAAAUGGUAUGCACCUGAAUCAUGCAAUUACGGAACUUUUUCUAGUGCUAGUGAUGUGUGGAGCUAUGGUAUUACAUUGUGGGAAAUGUUUUCUUAUGGACAGCAACCCUAUGAAAACAUGAAAGGUGUUGAAGUAAUUGGUAUUUUAGAAAAAGGAGAGAGGUUACAAAAAACUCAAAGGUGUCCAAUCGAAGUUUAUAAAACAAUGGAGAUGUGUUGGGCAUAUGAACCCAAGGAACGCCCGACUUUUAGUCAGCUGUCAAAAAUAUUUGCAUCUGAUUCUGAUUAUGAGAAUUUCAAAGAUUUUAUAAAACUCUAA